CCAAUGGGGGCGGUGUCAAAAAUUUGCAACCUAAAAUGUGAAAGUGUAGCGUUACUGUUAAGUUCUUUUCUUCCUACUUAGCGACCCUCCAAUCGCGAAUAUUAAGAGAAUCAAACUCGUUCUGUUUUGUUUUUCUUUAUUUCUGAGAAAGAAAGAAAAGAUGGGAAUGACACCGAAAAUAGCUCCUUCGAUGCUCUCUUCCGACUUCGCCAAUUUGGCUUCCGAGGCUCAGCGCAUGCUCCACUUCGGCGCCGAUUGGCUCCACAUGGACAUCAUGGAUGGGCAUUUUGUCCCCAAUUUAACUAUUGGCGCUCCAGUUAUUGAAAGUUUGAGAAAGCACACAAAGGCAUAUUUGGAUUGUCACCUUAUGGUUACAAAUCCUCUUGAUUAUGUUGAACCCUUGGCAAAAGCUGGUGCUUCUGGUUUUACAUUUCACGUAGAGACAUCAAAAGAUAACUGGAAAGAACUUAUCCAAAGAAUCAAGUCACAUGGCAUGAUUCCUGGUGUAGCAUUAAAGCCUGGGACCCCCGUUGGAGAGGUUUAUCCUCUGGUGGAAGCCGAAAAUCCUGUGGAAAUGGUUCUUGUGAUGACUGUAGAACCUGGAUUCGGAGGACAAAAAUUUAUGGCAGAGACGAUGGAUAAAGUACGUAUACUUAGGAAGAAGUAUCCAUCACUUGACAUAGAGGUUGAUGGUGGUUUAGGGCCUUCAACCAUAGACGUGGCCGCAUCAGCAGGGGCAAAUUGCAUUGUUGCUGGAAGUUCUGUUUUUGGUGCACCUGAGCCAGCUCAAGUAAUAUCCUUACUGAGGAGUUCUGUUGAGAAAGCCCAGCAAACCUCGAUACAGUAAAACAAUGUCGUUUUAAGUUGCAGUAUACUUCACAACUUUACAUAAACAAUAUGCUUAAUGUUAACAUUUUCAUAAGUUGAAUAAAAGAUCAAGUGACUUGAUAAUGUUUCUUAAUA